GGGAGUGGCUGCUGAAGAAUUCAUAAUAAAAGCCCAAUUCAAGGACCCCAAAACAUUGAAGUAAAAGGGUAGAGAAAGAAACAGAGAGAGUGUGAGAAAGGAAAUGGAAAAGAGCAAGGUUCUUGUUGUGGGAGGAACAGGGUACAUAGGGAGGAGAAUAGUGAAGGCAAGUCUAGAACAGGGUCAUGAAACCUAUGUACUUCAGCGUCCAGAACUUGGUCUUCAAAUAGAGAAGCUGCAGAUGCUGCUCUCAUUCAAGAAGCAAGGUGCUCAUCUUGUUAAGGCUUCUUUCUCAGAUCACAAGAGCCUUGUGGAUGCGGUGAAGAAGGUUGAUGUUGUCAUCAGUGCCAUCUCUGGUGUUCAUAUCAGGACUCACUGCAUCAGCUUGCAGCUCAAAUUGAUUGAUGCCAUUAAGGAAGCUGGCAAUGUUAAGCGUUUCUUACCUUCUGAAUUUGGCCUAGACUCAGCUAGGAUGGGACACGCAUUAGAACCAGGAAGGGUAACAUUUGAUGACAAAAUGGCUAUAAGGAAAGCAAUUGAAGAAGCUAACAUCCCUUUCACUUACAUCUCUGCAAACCUUUUUGCUGGAUACUUUGCUGGCAGCCUCUCUCAAAUGGGGUCUUUUGUGCCUCCAAGGGAAAAGGUGCAUCUCUUUGGAGAUGGCACACAAAAAGCUGUUUUUAUGGAUGAAGAUGAUGUUGCUACAUAUACAAUAAAGACAAUAGAUGAUCCUAGUACCUUAAACAAAACAUUGUACAUGAGGCCACCACAAAAUGUUCUCUCCCAAGGAGAGCUUAUUGGAAUUUGGGAGAAACUUAUUGGAAAGGAACUGGAGAAGACAUACAUACCUGCUGAAGAGUUUCUUACAAUAUUGAAAGGGUUGGAUUAUAAACUUCAAGUAGCAAUGGGACACUUCCUCCAUAUUUUCUACGAGGGAUGCAUAACAAAUUUUGAAAUUGGAGACGAUGGAGAAGAAGCAUCAAAGCUUUACCCUGAAGUGAACUACACACGCAUGGAUGAGUACCUCAAAAUUUAUGUGUAAAAUGAAAUCUCUGUAUGAGGUCACUGGUUCAAGCAUGAACGUGAUUGUUGGUUAAAAUAACAUUAAUUUAAGCAGAUUUUGUGCUUAUAGAUUGGUGGAGAAUAAACUAGAUUUCUCGUUGAAUGUCAA